CUGUGCAGUUAUCUUCAGCCAGAACGCCGAACCUCAGAGCACCACGGAGUUCGUUGUGAUGGUUGUGACAGAGAGGUGGUCGGGAAUCGUUACAAGUGUACGGUUUGUCAUGACUACGAUUUAUGUGAAGAAUGUGAACGACAAGGCAGGCAUUCGCAGCAUCCGAUGACCAGAUAUUCCACACCAAUUAUUCCGGUUGGUAGCAGUCAAGCAGCCGAUCUUUAUAAUACGUUAACAUUACGUAGUCGCAAUAGACGAACUCCUUUAAACAUUGAUGGCAUUCCUCGUCUAUCAGGAGAACAACUCUGUAAUCAAAGAACCCUGCCACCGGGUCAGAGUUGUGUGAUUUGUUUUAUCCAACCGCCAGAAGAGCCGGUGGGAUGUGUACAGUGCAGGCAAAUAAUUGGAUGUAGACGUUGUGUAAUCGAAUGGAACAAUUCCUGCAACAGAUCCAUACCUAAUUGCCCGCUGUGUCGUGCAGAAUGGUACUUGGGGCCAGAAAUAGUGCGUUGGGAUGAACUUCGUACCAAUUGA